AUGCACCUCAAUGGAGGUUAUGUGUAUGUGCUGUUUGAAUCAGAGAAAGCAGUCAAGGCAUUGCUACAGUCCUGCACACAUGAUAUGAGUGGAAGAGGAGAGUACUAUUACAAAAUUACCAGCAGGAGGAUGAGGAGCAAAGAGGUUCAAGUUAUUCCAUGGGUGCUGUCCGACAGUAACUACGUCCGCUGCCCCUCUCAACGUCUUGACCCUGAUAAGACUGUGUUUGUUGGUGCCCUUCAUGGGAUGCUUAAUGCAGAAGGACUCGCACACCUUAUGAAUGAUCUCUUCGGAGGGGUCGUCUAUGCCGGUAUCGAUACAGAUAAACACAAGUACCCAAUUGGUUCAGGAAGAGUGACUUUCCACAACACCAACAGUUACAUGAAGGCAGUAGCAGCAGCAUUUGUUGAAAUCAAGACGGCAAAGUUUACUAAAAAGGUGCAGAUAGACCCAUACCUUGAAGACUCUCUAUGUACGCUGUGCCACACCCAGCCCGGGCCGUUCUUCUGUCGAGAGACCACCUGCUUCAAGUACUUCUGCCGCUCCUGCUGGUUUUGGCAACAUUCCCUCUCUCAGAUCAGUGACCAUAAGCCUCUCAUGCGCAACACCAAGUCCAAGACCAAUGACCUAGUCUAGCUAGCUGACCACGUACCACAACCAAAUUGGCCGACUAGUUUUUUAAAUCGGAGAGAUGAUCAUUGUUUUGUAAAAAAAAAAAUGUAUGAAAUUUUUUUCAAAAUGGAUUAAUGUUAUACCUUGAAUGAUCUGCUUACUCGGUUUUGGGUUAACAGGCCUACUUUUACAAUGUACUAGAUUGUAUGAUUUGAAAUUAUAUUAGCAUGAAUUCAUGCAGGUUGGUGCAUUGAUCCUGCACAAUUCGCAGGUGAAAACACGGCUAAUAUGUGAUUAAAUUGGAUAAGGGCUGCAGUGUUUAUGAGAGACCAAUUAUUGAGCCUUUUUUUUUUGACUGCCAUAGUUUAUUUUCUUGCCACUAAACUUUACGGAGUGUGCAUUUGCGAUAGUACAUGCUGGUCUAGAGGGAAAGUUCUAUAGAACUUUGAGAUCAAAAAUAUAUUUUCAAUGAUUUUUGCAUGAAAUGCGGUGGUAGCUUUAUCCUUACAUCCCCAUGAUCUGAUCCCCACUUUAAAAAAGAUGGUGAUAAUUUCAUGCAUUUUCUAAUCAUGAAUUCGGUGCUUGUAUGUUUUUGAUUUUGCAUCAUGGCGGUUGACCUAUAUAUGGCUGCCUGGUGAGAUAGUUGAUCAAAAUGUCAGCUUGUGUUUUAUUUUUAACUCUGUACUAUAAACUUUAUUAAAGAUAUGAAGCCAUCUAAACACGUACUUUGAAGAUGCAUUUGAAUCUCUUGCAUCAUUGACCUAUUCAUGAAGUAGAAGUUUAGACAAGUAGUUUGUCAUUUUCGUUUUAUAUGGAAUUAAAUUCUCAUCUAAAUGUCAUUGUAGUUUUGAACUUUUCAUUAAAUGUUGCACAAAUUAUGUGAGUCAGUCCUGCUGAAUUUUCACGUCCUUGUAAAUCAGUUCUGAUAUAAUCAUUUAAGCAAUUGUAGACGAUCCUUACAUUGCUCUACUUCUCUUGUAUCUAUGUUGCUCUGAAUCCAUAUAUCUGCUUAUUUGAAAUCAGUGUUGUAAUAUAUCAACUGCACUUUAAAUGUAGAGGUAUGAUUACAUGUUCCCUCAUGAGUGGAACAGCUGGUUUAAAAUCAUGAAAAACUGUUCAUCUUUUCCAUAUGUAUAAAAUUGUUUCACAUAUAUCUGAAUUGCCUUAUCAUUUAUACCAUUUUCCACCAAACUGAAGUGCACUUAUAAAUGCAAAUAUAUAUCUUGAUUAUUUAAUAUAGAAAAUGUGUCUAUUUUAUAGCAAACAAGUUUAUUACCACAAAUUGGACUAUAUCAUUAUAUUACACCCUAUAAGGGUCUAUAAAGCUAUAUAUUAAUUUAUUACAAACAAAAAAUGUCAAUUAUAUUCUCUAUAUAAUUUUUAAGAAAUGUACUAACCAUGCCACUUAACAGAUUACUAUCGGUCAGUACAUAAUGAGUAGAUUCUGACUUAAGAGGUUACAAUACUUAAAAUGAAAGAAAGCAAAGUGUAGUCUUUCAUGGGUAGAAAGAUUAUGAUAUCUUUGAAGUACUUCUUGAAUGUGCUAAAGUUAUAGUUUCAUUUUAAAAGCAAGAAAGCGGUAUGUCAUUCGAUAUUCAAUUAUUUAACAGUGAGAAAGAGUAAGUUGCAGUAAAACACUUUUUGUAUUAAUAAUGUAUGUUGUUGAGUAGGGACAAAAUAUUUUGAAAACAAAAACAGUCGUUUUAAGGUUUUUAUUUAGAAGUUUGAGCAAAACUGAAACUAUAAGCCACAGGAGAAUCGGGAAUAUUCCAUUGUUAUAUUUUUGAUAUUUGUAUAUGAUCUUAUUCUAUUUUUUGCAUACCAUUUUCAAUACAAAAUCAACAUUUUUUAGUCGAUCAUCGUGUACAAGGUCUCGCAUUUUAGUAUUCCAGCAUAAAAUAAUUCCAUAUCUGAUGAAAUUUAUGAAUUCUGAAUAGAUUAGAAAGUUCAUGAAAGAUGUAUAUAAAGCCGGUAACAAAUGAAUUUUAGUAUGACCCUUGCAGCUACCCUGUUACAGAAUGCUACUCCAUUUUUAUCUUGGUUGUAAUAAAACAAUAAUAGAUAAUUAUUUGAAAAUCAACAUUUCAGAAAAUCAAUCACCUAUCAAUUACCUAAUGAAAAGUGACAAUUUUUUCUUAUUGGAAAUGAUUUGAUUUGGGAAGUGAUUUUAGAUAAAGGGUGGGGAAGAAACAUUUAAUUGAUUGAUUUUGAUAAUUAUUCAAACUGGAGGAAAGGGUUAAUUUUAUCACAAUUAAUAUUGAUGAAACACAUAUGGAGACAUGUACAAUUUUUAAAUCAUCAGCUGAUUUGAUUUAUAAUAGAAAAAAAUAGUUAAGUAUAAUUCUUUUAAAGGUUUUCUAAAUGUAUGUCUAUUAAUUUUUAUUGUGAUCAAAGCAGAGAAUGCCAAUAUUAGAUUUUUGGUUUUAAAUUUCUGUUUGAAAGUAGAGCAAAAUUAAGAUAUAAAAAAAUCAAGCAAAAACAAUAUUGCAUUUAGUUUAUUUCUAAUUUCUGAACACUAAACUUUUAAGAAAUUUGAGUUUAUUAAAACACCAAGUUUUAUGCUAAAUUCUAUGUAUAUGGAUGGAUAUGCUCCUGAUGACUUGGAAUUCCAUGACGAAGAUUGAUGAACUAAGAUUUAAGAAUCACUUCCAGCACCCAAAAAUAUGCACUUAUAUUCUACUUCAAAAUAGAACAAAAAAAAUUACCUGCACAUCUUUGUUUGUUAGUAUCUUGUGCCUUGUAAAUGUUUUUUGAUGAGUGUAAUUGUAUUUUUUUGUGCGGAAAUCGAUUGUGUGGCAAUUGUUUGUGUAAAUGUCUGAACCUGUUAUAUUGAAAAACAUUUUCAUCUUUUUCCCUUUAUUUUAUACAUUUUGUAUUUUAUUUGUGAUUUAUUCUCAGCUGAUUUCUAUUCCAUUUUCAUAUAAAAAAUAGAUUUAUGAACCCACCCUGUUAAUAUGGAUAUAAAUCCAUGUGUAAGAAAAAGUUUGUCCUGAGAUGCCAAGGCAUUCAUAUUUUAAGGAUUUGAUUUAAUUGUAAUUUGAAUACACUGUGAGAGUCUUUACUAAUUUAAUUCAUUUUUAUACAUCUUUAAAUGUACAAGAUCGGUUUAACAAAAUCUUCAUUCACAAAAUAGUGAAAUUUCAUUAUACAUAAUUUACAUAUUGAGCUCUCUUUAUAUUUAAAAGAAUAUUUUAUGUCAACUUGUCCGGACUUGUUUGAUUUUAGUUACAACUUUGCAUAAUUAGUGACGGUUUGGUAUCGGUUUUAUUGUCAUCAUUGAAACUUUUAGUGUCGGGAAAGGAUUUGUUUAACAAAAGAAGCAAAUCAUUUCUUCUUCCCCCCCCCCCCCCCCAUUUUGGGUUGUCUUUCUGUGAUUUUGAUUUUGGUGAUGGUUUAUAGUGCAUAUUGAAAUUGAAAACAAAAAAUAAGGAAUAAUAGUGAUGCCCCCCAAAAUGCAGCGUAUAUGGACAAUUUGUCAUGUGCUGUCAAUUUAUAAUAUACAAGAUUGAAAAAAAAACAAGUCAAGUAGAAAUUGGCCAUUAUUACAGUUGCAAAAUAAAUAGUGCUCAUUGGUGCAUUAUGUCAUGCUUUAAGGAUACACAAAAGACAUUGUUCAAUAUGUUUGACAUUUUUUAAAGUUUUAAUUACAAUCACUAAAGCGGAAGAAAGAGAAUUAUGAAAGGACAGAAUAGAUUACCGUGACCAGGAGAGGCUGAAAUAUUCAGAAAGAUAAUUCACUUACCUCUAUAUAUUAUCAUGUCAUAUGGGUAUAGCGAUACAUGUUUACUCCCUUUUGCUAGCAUUUUCAGUAUCUAGAACUUUAUCAUCAUAUUAGUGCAUGCAUGCAAUCUGAUAACUUUUCAUUUCAUCCAUCCCAAAUAUCCAUUCAUCUAUCCAUUCAGUUGCUUUAUAGGAAAACAGAUUGUAUUUUAUACCAGUUAACUCUUGUAUUCUAAAAGGUACAUUAUUACCCUUUUUUUAAGUUUUGAGUUAUUUUUUUAAUUGAAGUAUCAUCACUUUGACUUUUUUAAAAGAUGUAAAUGACUUGCCUUAUCAACACAUUCAGCUAAAAAUGACACCUACAGUAUUUGAUUUCAGUUUUUGCACAACACUAGAUCAAAAAUAAGCUUGGUCUCUUUGUAUUCAAUGCGGGAUAUGAAUUCCUACCAUAAAUGUCUUAAAUCAAUUCCUGUGUCAUAUUAGGAGGAAUGAGAUACAACUACAAAUAGAAUGAUAUGACCACGAAUUCUUAAUUGUUCUGAAGAUCUUAAUAAGUUUGUAUAUUUUAAUUAGCCUCCUGACAAUACAAAUUUAAAGAAAACAAAGAAAAUAUGGACCUCCCAUAUAGUAUGACCUUGUGAUUAGACACAAUUGUUCUUUAGGUGAAUUAGAGAUUUGAGCUUUAAUACAAAUAUGUAUACUACCCAUAAACUUCCUCAUGUAUUCUGACAUGCAUAUAUGGAAAUUCUGGUUUAGAGUUUUAGACCAGUCAUAUUCCAUCGGUUUUGGUAUUAGUCAUAUAUGCACAUGAUGUUCAAACAUAUGGUCCGUCUGACGUGGGGUUAGUAAACACUUUUUCAGAGUUAAUAUUUAUAAUGAGUAUGUAACUAUCGAUUUCUACCGCAAUGGUGUGAUUUGGGUGCAAUAAGGUAAACGUUGGUGGUUAUGCAGGGGGAGUAUUUCAUGGAACAGUUUUCACAGACUAUUAUUGUUAAAAGCUACUGCAAAUCCUUGCACCCGAUUGGCUCAACACAAUUAGUCAGUGAAAAUCAUUGAGAAAUGUUCUCAUGAAACACUCCCCAGAACUAAUGCAUUACAGGUACUCGCAAUUUAUGGAAAUAGAGGAUAUAAUAAAAGCUUGCUGUUGGCAUCACUAAAA